CUGGGUGGGAUCCUCCAAGUGGCGGUGUGGAUUUCUUGGGCCGAAGGAUCUGUUCCCACACUGUUGGGAAUCUCAUCUAAAAGAAACCUGACUCUAUGUUGCUUAUUGGUGAAGAGGGAGUUGUUGUUUUGUAACGCGUUGUGUGGAUUUCCGACUUGUUAAUAAUUGUGAAGCUGAAAGUUAAGGUGUUUGUUGAGACUGCUCUUGCUGUCUGGGACUUACCAGGUGGAACAUCACGAAUGGGGCGGGGCGGGGCCGGAUCACGUGGUCUCCGCCAUUUGUGUUUCAGGAGAAGAGGGUGAAAAAUCUGACAGGUCGUGCAGAUUUUUCUUUUCUGCAGUUAGUUUGGAAGCUAAUGGUGUAAAACGUCUAAUGUCUGAAAGACACGAAUCGCAGAUGAAAGCAGAAGAGGAGGAUGAUAUGUCCUGUGGAGACCUGGGUGAUGGCCUUUGCAGGAAACCUGGUGGAAUUUAUGAACAGGCACCAAAUUCAACUGCUGAGACCAGAAGUUCAAGACAUGGAUCAGAUGCUGACGACUCUGUUUUCAGUAGAAGUGUAACUGAGGAUGAGAAGAAUGCCGUUACAUUUUCCCACUGGACCAAGUACAGCAACCUGUACAAUUCAUUUCAUAAACUAACAACUUUUGAUCGGACUAGUAGGAGCAGGCGGUCGAGCAGCAAUGGCUCACAAGCUGAAAUCUCAAAUGAAGAGUUAAAAGUAAAGCUUGAGGAAGUUAUGAAGGAAGCAGAAUUUCUACGAUGUGAGCUUGAAAUAACACAACAGCAACUUCAGGGAAAAUAUGAAGCAUUAAAGAUAUUACAGAGUAUGGCUGUAUUUGAUAAAGCUACUGCACACACAAAGACAUUACUUCAAAAAACAGGUGAACGAAACAAGAUUUUAGAGAAGGAAGUGAAUAUAUUACAGUGGGAAAAUGAUUUGAAACAGGAUAAAUUUAAGAAUUUGGAACAGCUCUGGAUUGGAAGAUAUGAUCGGAUGUGUAUUGAAAAUGGUCAGCUUUCAAAAGCUUUGGAGGCAAGAGAUCGUGAGAUUCGGGAUCUCCAAUCAGAAAAUACAAUUUUGAACCAGCAGUGUUCAGAACUACUUGCAAUGCUUGAUGCAAAGGAUCAGCAGACUUUCGAAAGAACGUUACCAGUAAAUAAGAAAGACUUCACUGAAAUUACAACAUUGGAGCUGGGAGUGCUUGGAGCAUGUCACUGUACUGGUACUGGAGGAGGGCCCUGUACUUGUGCCAGGAUAGCAGCUGCCACACGGAAACAGCUGCUGCAACAGAAGCAAGAGUUUGAUCUUCAGAGAAAGCGAGAGGAAGAGGCCUACGUAAUGGCUGACGCAUUUAGAAUUGCUUUUGAACAUCAGUUGAAAAGAACAAAUGAUCAAACUCUUCGAAUUAGUGAAAUGGAAAAACUGCAUAGAAAAGGCUCUAAGAAAGGGCUUGUUUGGAAUCGGAUGAAAGAAGAUCCUGUUCGGAGAACAAAAGUGAUUCAUACACCACUUGGUCAAAAGUUGAAGGGUCUGUUCAAUUCUUCAGCAGACCAAAAGAAUUUGGAGGUCUUGGAGGACAUGCAGGAAGUGUUGAAGAUACUUAUAGACUUGUUAAAUGAUAAAGAGGAAGCUCUGGCACAUCAGCGGAAGGUUAGCUAUAUGUUGGCCCGACGUGUUGAGGAACUAGAACAAAAUUACCUGAGGAAGGAUACUCCUGCUACUGAAAUUUCUAAAGAUGAUCAUUGUCAAAAAAGAUGGCAUGAUUCUUUUGUAUCAACUGAUCGAAACCGAAGUGAACACAGAACAGUUCUGCGGACGAACUCUUCCCCUGCAGGUUACUUCAUGGGCAGUUGAAAAUUCAGGAGAAUUCAUUAAAACACAAUGUGUGGCAAGACUUUGAUGGAACAAGCAUUAUUACUGAAGCUAAGAAAUUCCAUGUUUGUUCAUAUGUGUCAAGAAUGCAUUCUUUUAGAAUGGACGUGAUAACUUUUUUAAAAAUUAACUCAUUAAAUUAAAAAAAUUUUCAUUGUUCAAGUUAUUUAUGGAGUCGUAUUAUGGAGCAUGGAAACAGGACCUUUGGUCCAAUUAGUCAAUGCCAUCCAUAUUUCCAAACGAAACCGCCUGCAUUUGACCCAUAUCCCUCCCAAACCUUUUCUAU